CGGGCGGCGCGCAGGGGGCGUUCGCGCUGGAGGCUUCGCUGGCGGCGGCGCGCGAGCUGACGGGCCGCGAGCUGCUGGUGGGGCUGGGCGUGUACCCGGACCCCAGGCAGCGCGCGCGCAACCGCGUGGUGGUGUCGCCGCCCGACGCCCAGUCGCCGCUGCCCGCCGGGUCUGACCUGGAGCAGCGCGAGCAGCGCAUGCGCCUGCGCACGCUGUCCGCGUCGGCGGCGGCGGAGGCGUCGUCGCACACGCCGCUGGCGCUCAGCUACGUGCGCUACGUGGCGCGCGUCAUGCUGCACGCCUACACGUGGAACUCGUCGCGCGCCGAGACGCCCGCGCUGCGCAGGGCCUUCCUGGAGCAGGCGCGCGGCGUGCAGGCCGUCGAGGCCGCCGUCUACAGGCUGACGCACCCGGAGGGCGGGCAGCCGACCUUCGAGCCCGAGGACCUCACGGUGGACGAGCUGCAGCGACUCACCGACGGCGCCGCCAACGACUCACUGCAGGUGUCGCUGGACCCGCGCGCCACUUGCCCGCCGGCGGAGAGCGCGUGCCGCGUGCAGGGCGUGCGCUGGCGCGCGCUGCUGCAGCGCCUCUUCGCCGGCGCGCGCAACGUCACCUUGGAGCUUGACGGGCGCGACCGCCUGCUGCUGGUGAACAACGCGCGCUACCUCAGGGCCCUGGCCGCGCUGCUGGCGCGCGUCGACCGCACCGUGCUGCAGAACUACCUCUGGUGGGUGAUGGUGGAGACACUUUCUCCCCACACGGACCGCGCCAUGCGGGACCUCAAGGUGUCGUACCUGGAGGAGGUGACGGACUCGCACACGCAGCCCGCCCGCUCGCUGUUCUGCGCGUCGGCCGUCAACCGCAUGAUGGGCAUGGCGGUGUCCGUGGGCGUGGCCGACCCCGCCUUCCCCAAGACCACCGGACACAAGGUGUCGCAGAUGCUGGAGGACGUGCGGAGCGCGUUCGCCGCCCGAGUGAGCCGCCUGGAUUGGAUGGACGCGCGCACGAAAGCCGCGACUCGCGAGAAGGUGGCAGCCAUGACGUCGUUCGUGGGAUUCCCCGACUGGCUUCUGGACGCGCAGUCUCUCGAGGAGUACUACCAAGGGUUUCCAUUCUAUGACCUCGGAUUAGAAGUCCUCAACUAUGGAGCAAUUGGAUCUAUUCUUGGCCACGAGUUAACACAUGGUUUUGACGAUCAAGGUAAAGUGGACGGGCGUCUGACGCUGGGCGAGAACAUCGCGGACAACGGCGGGCUGCGCGAGGCGCUGGCGGCCUACCGCCUGCUGGCGGCGCGCCUGCCCCGCGCCGAGCCCAAGCUGCCGGGCCUGGAGCACCACUCGCUCGACCAGCUCUUCUUCCUCGCCUUCGCCAACGUGUGGUGCGAAGCGUGGACGGUGAGCUCCCUGCGCUACGACCUCACCAACGAGCACAGCCCCAACCACGUGCGCGUGCGAGGGGUGCUGCACAACAUGCAGGAGUUCGCGGACGCCUGGCGCUGCGAGCGCGGUUCGCGCAUGAACCCCGACGGCGACAAGUGCGUUAUCUGGUGACGCGACCGACGAACUACGGCGCGAGCGCUUCGCCGCCGCCGACUGUCGCGCUAUCUAGUGAGGAACAUUGUUACUACGAUACGCGUGCGCACCGAUUAGUGCGCAAUCUAGCGAGGGAUGUAAUAACUACGUCGCCAGGGCUCAGAUCUGCGCCCGAUUUAGUUAGUAGAGCUUACCUGCUCCGCAAAUACGAGGUGACCGCAAUAUAUUUGCUGGCUACAGUACACUCCCUUAACUGACGUCCAUUGUAAUAGGUCGCCUUGACCAUGAGGCCAUAACUCACACCAUUUCUCAAGCCAUAAAGAAACAGGUGAAAAUCCAGGAUUACUUCGAGGGGCAGUCCGUAAAAGCAAAUUUGAAACAUAUUCAAUACACCCCUCUCCAUAUAAUGCCCCUGUAUCGCCCAUUUGAACUCCCCCAUAAAUAAUUACGUAACGCUUACGGCAACAGCCCUCUGUUUAAAAGUAAAAAAAGAGUAUAUCCCGGGAAACAAUCUGAAUUAAUUUGUUAUAGUUUAAUGUAUAAUGAUUUAUAUUCAGAAUUUGUUGGCGAUGCUGACAUCACCUAACAAUAAGAUCGAGAGACAAUUUUUAAAGUAAGGAAGGAUAUACUAGGGGAAAAAAUUCUGAUUAGUGCACAUGUCAAGGAGAACGCGUGGCCGAGUAUCUACUUCGUCAAUUUAAUUGGAUUCUAGAACAUACUAAAGAUCAUUUUCGUAAUCCAAGAUUCAGUCAAUAUACUAUUGAUGAAAAGUAUUUUCAAAUAUCGUAAACAUUUAUGAAUAAGAAUAUUUACUUUAUUUUUAAUUUUUAAUAUCACUUGUUAACAGUUUAAUGUUUAGUAAAAGAAACUAUUUCAGCAAAUGAUGAAAAAGAAAAAUAAUUAGCGUAACGUAUAUUAACACCCUCACCCCCUAUAGGUAAAGCAGUGUAACGUUGCUUCAAACCCUCUCCCCUCUUUAGCGUUGAGUAAUUAAUGGACGACAACUUAGUACACUACUGCUUUGAAUGUGAGAUUCAAUGGCCGGUUUAAACGUACUGCAAUAAUGUACUACUCUAACAUAGUAGCCGUCAGUAACAUGUUUUGUCGAGAGUUGGCGACACAAAAGCAAAUACUGCGCCAAGUUUCAUAGGUCAGAGGCUACCAACGAGCUAGAAUAUACUACAUGCAGGGGCUAUUCCCACAGUUGCAGCGCUCUUGGUGGAUGCACACCGAACUAGUGGCUUCCAUGUUUGUUUUGUCCAAACAUACGAGUGGCGGUGUAACCUGGGUGUAACCGUCCGUAACCAGCGCCAAAUGCGUUAUGCUAGAAUACUUUGUUUCCCAGAGGGCUCUGCUUUGACAGCAUGCAGUAUAUUUU